GGAAUUUCAAAUAUGCAUUUUGGGAUAUGAUGUAUUAUAGUGCUAUUAGUUGGUAGGUCAAAUUAAAUGACAUGUCCAUGGCCAUGUAUUUCUAAGCUUUUACUUGCAUAUUCAUACAUAAAUCACUUAUAAGUCGUCAGAUGAUAGAUUACUGAUUACCUAAAGCAUGGAUUGGGACAGGGUUCAAUAUGGAUUCUUCCUCUUUUAAUCAUUCAUAGCCAUAUGAAAUUCAUCCACAUCAAGAAAAACCAACUCCACAAGCCAAUAUAAGCCAUAGGCUGCAUGCCCUUAAAGUCUGCAUGGCAGAAAAAGUAGAAAAAAACCUUACUGGACGGUGUUGGUGACGGGUGGGGAAUUCAACUAAUUAACAAAGCACAAGCAAGGACCAAAACUAGCGCACCAGUCACCACCACCCUUCAUUUCUGCCUUCAUAGCUGACAACCGUAUAAAGAAACGUACUGCCUUCAUCAAUUCUGCUUUAUAUUCCAGCUUUGUCUACAAACAACAACUCUCAACGCUUCUAGUGCACUCAAACUUUCAAGUUAGUAUCAAUGAUGAAGCCCAAGAGGCUACUCAGCCUCCUGCUAAGGCUUAUUGCCGUUGGUGCCACACUUGCAGCAGUGAUUAUCAUGGCAACAAGCCAUGAGAAGGGUACAUUCUUUGCAGUAUCAUAUGAAGCAAAGUACACUGACACACCAGCCUUCAAGUAUUUUGUGAUAGCAAAUGCAAUUGUUACUGUCUAUGGUUUUCUUGUUCUGUUUCAUCUUCCAGGGAGUCCACUCUGGCGAUUAGUUCUUGCCUUGGAUUUGGUAUUCACCAUGUUGCUCAUUUCAAGCAUUUCGGCGGCCUUGGCGGUUGCUCAGGUGGGAAAGAAUGGGAAUUCUCGUGCAGGUUGGCUACCUGUCUGCGGCCAAGUCACCAAGUACUGCAACCAAGUAACAGGAGCAUUAGUUGCUGGUUUGAUUGCACUGAUAACUUACAUAAUUCUGUUGCUCCACUCUAUUUACACUUUCCUUAAUCCUCUGCUUGAAAAGGCCUAGCAGGCUAUCAUGUAUUGUGACUUGAGUUACGAAAAUCAUCAUCGCCUCUCCUUCACGUUUUCUCUUGUCUGGUUUAUAGGUAGCCCUAUUAGAAGAUUUUGCCUUGGUACAUGCUUUGUUUAUAAUUGUUUUAAUCAGCAUGCUUUCCUAGUCCUUCAAGGGAAGCUAUAUGAAAAAUAAGAUGUCAACUAAUGAUCAUUUUUCAA